AUGGGGACAGCCCCUCCGCUCGCCUCCCUGCUGCUGGCGGCGCUGCUCUGCCCCUUUCCCCCGGGCGGUCGCUGCAGCCCCGGGCCGCGGGAGGAGCAGGAGCUGAUCGUGCCCGUGCGGCUGGACUCCGCGGCCGAGCCGGCUGCCAAGAGGCUCUAUCGCCUGGACGCCUUCGGGAAGCGGCUGAGCUUGGAGCUGGAGCCAGACAGCAGCUUCCUGGCUCCGGACUUCAGGCUGCAGUACUUGGGCAGCCGCCCCCGGGAGGAGGAGGCGGUGCCGGAGCAGGGAGCCUCGCUCGGGAACCAACCCGCAGCCGACCUGGCGCGCUGCUUCUACUCCGGCACCGUCAACCGGGACCCGAGCUCUGCCGCCGCCCUCAGCCUCUGCGAGGGGCUCCGAGGGGCUUUCUACUUGCAGGGGGAAGAGUACUUCAUCCAGCCGGCCAACGCCUCCCAGCAGCAGCUCCACCUCCUGAGCCGGCGGCUGCAGAGCAGCGUCCACCAGAGCGGCGGCUCCAAGUGCGGGGUGACAGACCAGAGCUUCCCCCUGGCCGCAGAGGGACAGCAGGAGCGCGUGGGCCAGACAGAAACUGGAAGCACAAGGAAAAAAAGAUUUGUGUCCAGCCCUCGCUAUGUAGAAACCAUGCUUGUAGCAGACCAAUCCAUGGCAGAGUUUCAUGGCAGUGGAUUGAAGCACUAUCUCCUGACUCUUUUGUCUGUGGCAGCCAAAUUAUACAAGCAUCCCAGUAUCCGAAACUCUAUUAGUCUGGUGUUGGUAAAAAUUCUGGUCAUCUACGAUGAGCAGAAGGGACCUGAAGUUUCUUCUAAUGCUGCCCUUACCUUAAGGAACUUCUGCAGUUGGCAAAAGCAACACAAUCCACUCAGUGACCGACAUGCAGAGCACUAUGACACAGCAAUCCUCUUUACCAGACAGGACCUUUGUGGUGCCAAGACAUGUGAUACUCUUGGGAUGGCUGAUGUGGGAACAAUUUGUGAUCCAAACCGCAGUUGCUCUAUCAUAGAAGACGACGGAUUGCAAGCUGCCUUCACAACUGCCCAUGAACUAGGCCAUGUGUUUAACAUGCCCCAUGACGAUGCAAAGCAGUGUGCCAAUAUUAAUGGUCUAAGCCGGGAUUCCCACAUGAUGGCAUCUAUGCUUUCCAAUCUGGAUCGAAGCCAACCUUGGUCUCCGUGCAGUGCCUACAUGAUUACAACAUUUUUGGAUAAUGGUCAUGGUGAGUGUUUACUGGACAAGCCCCACAAACCUAUACAGCUUCCCUCUGAUCUCCCUGGAACUUUGUAUGAUGCCAAUAGGCAGUGCCAGUUUACAUUUGGAGAUGAGUCCAAACAUUGUCCGGACACAGCCAGCACGUGUACAACUUUGUGGUGUACUGGCAUCUCUGGAGGAUUGCUUGUGUGCCAAACUAAACACUUUCCUUGGGCAGAUGGCACCAGUUGUGAAGAGGGGAAAUGGUGUGUGAAUGGCAAGUGUGUAAACAAGACUGAGAAGAAGCAUUAUGAUACCCCUGUCCAUGGAGGCUGGGGAUCAUGGGGACCCUGGGGAGACUGCUCAAGGACAUGUGGUGGUGGAGUGCAGUACUCCUUUAGAGAGUGUGAUAACCCAGUUCCAAAGAAUGGAGGAAAGUACUGUGAAGGCAAACGGGUGCAAUACCGAUCGUGUAAUAUUGAGGACUGUCCAGAUAAUAAUGGCAAAACUUUCAGAGAAGAACAGUGUGAAACACACAAUGACAUUUCCAAAUCCCCUUUUGGAAGUGGACCUGCAGUGGAAUGGACACCCAAGUUUGCUGGAGUCUCUCCAAAGGACAGAUGCAAACUUGUCUGCCGAGCAAAAGGCACCGGAUAUUUCUUUGUUCUGCAACCUAAGGUUGUGGAUGGCACCUCAUGUAGCCCAGAUUCCACUUCUGUCUGUGUGCAGGGACAAUGUGUAAAGGCUGGUUGUGAUCGUAUGAUAGGCUCCAGUAAGAAAUUUGACAAAUGUGGUAUCUGUGGAGGCAAUGGAUCUACCUGUAAGAAAGUGUCGGGCACACUUGUUAAUGCAAAACCUGGUUAUCAUGAUGUUGUCACCAUUCCUGCUGGAGCAACCAACCUUGAAGUUAAGCAACGAAAUAACAGGGGUUCACGACAUGAUGGCAGUUUCCUUGCUAUUAAAGCUGCUGAUGGCACAUAUAUUCUUAACGGUGACUACACUCUAUCAACAUUGGAACAAGACAUUACUUAUAAAGGCAGUGUUUUGAGGUACAGUGGCUCAUCUGCAGCUUUGGAAAGAAUCCGCAGUUUCAGCCCACUGACAGAACCUUUAACUAUCCAGGUUCUGACUGUGGGUGACUCACCUCAACCUAAAAUCAAAUAUACCUAUUUUGUGAAGAAACCACUACAGUCUGGGUCUGAGAAAGCUUCCAGCAAAAAGAAAGAAUCUUUUAACGCCAUCAAGGAGACCAUCUUAUCUGAAUGGGUUAUUGAAGAAUGGGGAGAAUGUUCAAAGUCAUGUGGGUCCGGUUGGCAAAGAAGAUCUGUCAAAUGCAGAGACCUUAAUGGGCAGUCUGCCACAGACUGUGCAAAAGAACUCAAACCAAAUGAUCUCCGACCAUGUGCAGACAUGCCCUGCCCACAGUGGCAAUUGGGAGACUGGUCACCAUGUUCUAAGACAUGUGGGAAAGGAUUCAAGAAGAGAUUAUUAAAAUGUAUGUCUUAUGAUGGCAGUAUGUUGCCACAAGAAAGCUGUGACCCUUCAAAGAAACCUAAACAUUUAAUAGACUUUUGCAAUGUUACAAAGUGCACUUAA